CCAGCGUAGACACGGGCUCCCACCCGGAGGCAGCUACAGAAGCACCCUCACCUCUACAGACGAGGGAGCCUGAUCGAGAGCAGCCCCCGAGGACCUCGACGGCGGAGUGCAAAGUCCUGCUCACGCAGGCCGACGCCUUGGCGUCCGGGGGCCGCCUCCGGGAAGCCCUCGAGGUGUACAGACAACUCUCUGAGCGGCAGCAGCUCUCCAAAUGACCACUUACUUUAUAGCAACCGGUCUCAAAUUUAUUUCACCUUGGAGUCUCAUGAGGACGCACUGCAUGAUGCUGAAAUAGCAUGUAAGCUCCGCCCAAUGGGUUUUAAGGCACACUUCAGAAAAGCACAAGCCUUAGCCACCCUAGGGAAAGUGGAGGAAGCACUAAGGGAAUUUCUUUAUUGUGUAUCCCUUGAUGGAAAGAAAAAGAGAGCAAGAUCCGAAGCCCAGAGGGAAAAUCUGGAGCUCCCACAUUGCUCUAGUCAGGAGAAAGCAGCAGCCAGGGGAGAUGGCAGCAGCCCGAUGAACUCUGCUAGAGUAAGGAUGGCUGCUCAACGAGAUGACGUGGAGGACCCAGAAGAAGAGGAGGAACAGCAGGAUGCCGCCUCUCCAGAAGCUGCCUCCAUCAGGACUGGUAAAUGCCAGGAAAAGAAAAGGAAACAUUGCCAAAUUGAACCCCUAGAAGACAUGGCAGUGCCUGACAAAGUCUCCAAGAAAGAUCCUCCCGCCGAUCAGGGGACCAAACCUGCUCUCAGUAUCCCACUUGGAUCUUUUGAUGCAUCUGACCUCGAAUGCUCCCUAUGUAUGAGAUUAUUCUAUGAGCCAGUCACAACACCUUGUGGGCACACCUUUUGCUUAAAAUGCCUUGAAAGAUGCCUAGAUCACAACGCCAAGUGUCCACUGUGCAAAGAUGGUCUUUCACAGUGUUUGGCAUCAAGAAAAUACAGCAAAAAUGUAAUAAUGGAAGAGCUAAUAGCUAAAUUCCUUCCAGAAGAACUCAAGGAACGAAGGAGGCUUUAUGAAGAGGAAAUGGAAGAACUUUCUAACUUAAACAAGAAUGUGCCUAUUUUCGUGUGUACUAUGGCCUAUCCCACUGUUCCUUGUCCCCUGCACAUCUUUGAGCCUUGCUACCGUCUGAUGAUUCGUAGAUGCAUUGAGACAGGCACGAGACAGUUUGGCAUGUGCCUUGGAGAUCCUGUCAAAGGGUUUGCAGAGUAUGGCUGUAUCCUAGAGAUCAGAAAUGUUCAAUUCUUUGCCGACGGCCGCUCAGUGGUCGACAGCAUAGGCAAGAGGCGCUUCAAGGUGCUCCAUCAGGGCCAACGGGAUGGCUACAACACAGCGGACAUUGAGUACAUCGAAGAUCAAAAGGUUCAGGGCGAGGACUAUGCUGAGCUCAUGGGACUGCAUAACUGUGUCUAUGAGCAAGCGUCUUCGUGGUUUCAUUCGCUCAAAUCAUCUCUGAAGAAUCGGAUACUCAAUCACUUUGGUCCCAUGCCAGAGAAAGAUGCUGAUCCUCAGAUUAACCCGAAUGGCCCAGCCUGGUGCUGGUGGACAUUAGCAGUUCUUCCCUUGGAAAGCCGAGCCCAGCUCCCGUUCCUAGCAAUGAGGUCCUUAAAGGAUAGACUGAAUGGUAUUCGGCGAGUCCUGGCCUUUAUGUCCCGAAACCAAAACUAGUGACAGUGGAUUGCUGAAGAGGAGUUCCCACCCUCCCUGCUUCCCCAUGGGAGUCUGCUUGUAAAUAUAUCUAAUUGCAAUAACAUCUUAACAGAAGGAGGUAUGAAACAAAGGUAUCACCCUGCUGUUGAUGAGUAGAAAGACCAAGAGAAUGUGACCUGUUUGAAACUUUCUGUCUUAAGAUGCUUGUUGACAUGCUGCACAACUACAUAAACAGCAGAGGUGUUUUAAAAACAUAAUAGGUUUUAACAUAAAAUGUUCCGAAAGUUUAAAGUGGUUUUGCUUUAAUUUUCUUUCUUUCAUAAAUGAAUAUGUGGUUGAAAUGUGAAGCAAAGAUACUAAUAAUGUUGCUGCAUUAUUUCACUGACUUGAGGUCUCAUUCCAAAUGGUUCAGGUUUUAUAGAGCAUUGUGUAAAAUAAUGUCCAUACUUCUUUCUGUUUCAAUAAUUUAUUUUUUUGCACUACUGUAUCCUUUUUUCCUAUGUGUAUGUUUGUAACUAUUUAAGUAUACAUAACUGAAAUGUCUGUUGCUUUAUUUAUUAAUUUGGUUUACCAUGUACCUAGGGGGAAGUAGCAAUCCUGGAAAUGUGCCAUUUUUACUUUAAUCACUUUUUUACUGCAUUGGCCCCAGUUCUUGGACUACUUCCAUAUAUAUCAAUUUGGAUGUUUGAAGGAAGGCCAGAAUAAUGUUUAGAUUAUCUAUCUUCACAAAUCCCACCUUGUUGAGCUUGAAUUAAACAAUUCAAAAUACUUAAAGAGAUUUGGCAUAGAUUAUGGUAUAUGCUAGGGUAAAGUAAAAUGAUCUAUUUUCUGUGUGUAAUACAGAACCAGGCUGAAGGAUUUUUCUGGAAUGAAGAAGAAUUAAGAAUAUUUUUAUCAUAAUCUAUUAUGGGCAUUUAUUUCAGCAAUCUAAUUAUAAGUGUACCUAGUUUCUCCCCAGUGCAGCUAGGAAUAGUAUUUUAGUCAAGAUAAUAAUGAACUCUUCAGAGGAAAUGGCUUUCAGGCUAGGCAGUUGCAUGGUGGUUAAGGCAGCUGGAUCCCACAUGGCCAACUGCAUGGUUUGAGUCUCAGACUUGGAAGCUUACAAAACACUCUAGGUGUAGGUACGUGUGUACCCCAAAUCCCAAGAGGAGAAUGGAAGAGGAGGGAUUGUGAUGUGGCAGGCCCCCUGGUGGUGCUUUUCCACAUUCCCCUUAUCUCUCUCUGGCGAGCACAUGUGCUCUAGAGCAAAAUUUCUUUUAAAGAAGGAUAAAAUGGGAAUGGUUUUCAGUAUGGUACAUCACAGCCAUGCCCAACUACCCUCCAUACCUCACGUCUUCUCAGGGUCCUGAGGAUAAAGACCUGGGCUAGCAUGUGUGGAAGCACUUGAUGAAGGACUCUUUCUUAGUGUAAAGAAGUCAGAUAGGAUAGAACCCUUUAAAAGGCCUUUUCUAGGAGUCAGGCAAUUAAUCUCUGGUUUUAUCUGAACAAUUGUGUUUCCUCCUAGUUGCAGUGGGCCCAAGAUUUCAAUAUGGGGGACAACAGAGAGUGAGGAGGUCAGAGUAACUAUGGUCAGAGUAACUCACUUAAUGCUAGUUUGAUUCCUCAGUUGUCAGGAGAACCUGAGACAUACCCUAAGUAUGGAAGUGUUAUAAUGGCAGAGUGACAAAAUUAGGACAGGGAAGGGAUGAAUUGUGCCAUGUGGGCCAUCAUGUAGAUCUGUUUGGAGCCAGCCCAGCCAGGUGAAGAAUGGAAGUGGAUAUGUAGAAUUGUAGCCAUGACUACUACCCAAGCCAACUCUACAAAGCUAAGGGUACAGGAAAUCAAAGGCUCCUUCCUCCCCACCUGGAGUCCAACCAUGUCAUAACGCAGUCCUCAUACAGAAGUUUCCUAUUUGGUGGAAAUGCAACAAAAGGCCAUUAGUUUCUCUGCUUACUAGAUGUGUUACUUUUGGCAAGUGAUUUAACUUUUGCUGAGCCCCCGUUUCCUCAUUUAUGAAAUGGAAGUUAUAAAUACUACGUAUAAGGUGGUUGUGCACAUUAAAUGAGAUACAUAAAUCACUUAGUGUAGUGCCUCAUGCAUAGCAGACAUUCAACCAAUAAUAGCGGUUAUUAGAGUAGUCAUAGUUACAGACUAUCAUCGGAGGCUUGUGUUUGCAUAAGACACUGCCUUUGCACACUACCCACUUGAAAUCCCUUUAAACUUGGUUGUGGAAAUCCACACCACUGAUUUGGGGGCCAAGACUUGUGAUGUAUACAUAAUUGCUUUGGGGCUUAAGUCUGGGAAAGUGAACAAGCAAGUGUUAAGGGUAGGGACCAGUGUCCUAUACCAGCCAAUUUCCCCCCAUUUCAAUAAGGGCUAAAAAGUACUGUUGGAGGACUGGGAUUUCUGACACAAUGAAAGCCUUAAGUUCUAGCUCCAGUAGAAUAACCAACUCCUCACUCUCUGUUCUCCAAAGUGUGCUGAGAAUCUUGCCCAUGUCAGGGUGAUGGGGUUUUCCAGUCUAUGGCUUUUAUGCUUAGUUCAUUGUAUUUCUUUACGUGCCCCCCCCCCAAAAAAAAAAAAGAUUCAACAAAAAUGUAUUGAGAAUCUGCUGUGCCAGGUGAUUGCACUUACCUGAGCUUACUCAAUCAUUUACUUCUCACAUCAACAUCAUGAGAGCCGUUAAUUAUCCCUGUUUUAUGGAAGAGAAAAACUGCAGCUCCAAAUGUUAGUUUUCCCACAUGGCAUAGUAAGUGGCCAGGCUUGAUUUUGAACCCAUUACUUGACAGAUUUUUAUCAUUGUAAAUAGUUUAUGUUAUGCAUAAUUUUAUUAAACAGGCAUAGUAAUCAAAUCACAAAAGCAUCCCAGAAGCUCACAAGGGAAAGACAUAGAUUAAGUUACCCAACACAUCUCUACUUAAUCUAGGUAGAAAAGGAAGUUGUUUUUUUGUUCUUUUUUUUUUUUUUUUAAAGUUUGCUAUAGGGUACAUGCACUUGCUAGAGAGAGAGGAGAA